GAAAUUCGAUGUUGAUGAGAGAAACGUCAACAAUUUUUUGUUUUCGUGGGUGCAGUUCUUGAGAUUUUUCUGAAAUAAUGGCUUAUCCGGGCUACCAGGGCGGAUAUGGGGGCUAUGGAGGACAGCAGCCACAGGGUGGCUUUGGGGGUCAACCGCCCCAAGGUGGAUAUCCCGGGCAACAGCCCCAGGGUCAGGGUGGCUAUGGAGCUCCACCGCAAAUGAUGGGAAUGCCUGGAAUCAAUCCAGAGACCCAGAGAAUCUUCCAAGUCGUUGACCGAGACAGAUCGGGAAAGAUCAAUGCCGAGGAGUUGAAGGGUGCUUUGGUGAAUGGGAAGGGGCAGAAUUUCUCAGACACAGCUUGCCGGCUGAUGAUUGGGAUGUUUGACCAGGAUCACAGUGGCACCAUUGACAUCAAUGAGUUCGACAAACUCUACAACUACAUCAAUCAAUGGCUAAAUGCUUUCAAGAGCUAUGAUCGCGAUCAAUCUGGCCACAUUGAUGAGGGAGAACUGAACUCGGCAUUCCAGCAGAUGGGCUUCCGCUUCUCCCAGGACUUUAUCCGAUUCCUCGUGCACAAGAGCGAUCCCAAAAACCACCGAGAGAUCUCCGUGGACCAAUUCAUUGUGCUCUGUGUGCAGAUUCAGAGAUUCACCGAGGCCUUCAGACAGCGAGAUUCCGAACAGAAAGGAAUCAUCCAGAUUUCCUUCGAGGACUUCAUCUCAGUCGCUCUCAGUUGCUCUACGUAAAAUCUCCACCCUCCGGACGCAGCAUUCCGUGCUUUGUGCAAAGUUUUCAGAGGCAGCCUCAGCAAGCUCACCAGAUUAUUAUUUUUUUUUGUUUCCGGAAAGGGAAAUGCUUUGUAAAAGUGGCCAAUAAAUUUCGAGAAGACAAAAAA